CAGUAACUUCAUAAUAUCCGUUAAUCAAGAGCACCCGGAAGUAGAAACGAGAAAAUGUCAACAAAAUAACAAAUUUACAGGAUUUAUGUCGGGAAAAUUCAAGAAUGAGCUGGAAUCCAUUUAGUCGGCACGCGGGCUCGAAGAAGAUUGUGGUGUCCCGCCAUUCUGAACGGGAGAUUGAGAGAGAAGUCAAGCGUCUGGACGAAUUGGAGGAGGCCUCUAGGAAAUUGUAUAAGGAUGGGAGAAGGCUGUGUGAGGCUAAUAAUGCUGUGGGCAAGGCAGAGCACAAGCUGGUCCAGGGUGUGUUGAGUAGUGGGUUGUGUGUGGAGGUUGAGGGGCUGCAACAUGACCUAGAGACUUGGGAGGGCGCCCUGGAGGACAUUCAGAGAAACAGGCAGGAAAUGAAUGCAAACAUUCAGAAGACGAUGGUGGAGCCUAUGAAAAAAUUCAAUGCAGUUUUUCCUGGCAUACAGACAGCAAUAAAGAAGCGAGAACAGAGCCUACAGGAUUAUAAUAAAAAGCAGGCCAAUUUUAAUAAGUACCAGGAACGGGAACGGACAGGCGCUAACGUUGUCAAACUUGACACUAAUCGCAAAGUCCUUGAUGCAGCCCAGAGAGACUUUGAGAACCAUGAUAGUGCUCUACGCCAGGACUUGCCCAAGUUCUAUGAUGGCAGGAUUGAUUACUUCAAGCCCUCUUUUGACGCUCUGGUCAGAUCUCAGCUCGCAUAUAACAAUGAGGCAUUCAGGGCCUACACAGAGGUGUCGUCAGAAAUGUUCAGUAAUUCAAAGUGCAGUGAAAACGAGAGACGCCAGAGAAUCAAUCAAACAUUGUCAGAAAUCAAAGCUCUUGCCAUCACUGUUGAUGAUUGAAAUUAAUAUGCAGGUUUUUAUGCCCCCACAAAGUGGCGGCAUAUAGGGUUGCCCUUGUCCGUACGUACGUCUGUCUGUCUGUACGUACGUACAUCCCGAAGAUUGUUUCUGAUCUAAUUCUUGAAAACCGUUUGUCCAAUCCUCACCAAACUUUACAUGUUUGUGACCAUAAUAUCUUGAUCAAGUUUGAUAGUCAUGGAAAUCGCUUUAGUCAUUUAGGAGUUACGGCCCUUUUUUGCCAAAAAUACUUCAAAAAUAUAUGUUUCCAAUCUAAUUCUUUAAAACUGUUUGUCCAAUCCUCACCAAACUUUAAACACAUGUUUGUGACCAUAAUAUCUUGAUCAAGUUCGAUAGUCAUGGAAAUCGCUUUAGUCAUUUAGGAGUUACGGCCCUUUUUUGCCAAAAAUACUUCAAAAAUAUAUGUUUCCAAUCUAAUUCUUGAAAAGUAUGUGUCCAAUGUGGAUCCAACAAGUUUUUUCCUGCCUGAAUGGCGCCAUAUAACCUAUACAGUCUUGCGAUGCCGUAAAACCCAACUCAACUCAACUUAUCCUAUAUGUGCAGAUUAUCCUGAAUAAUCAUUAUGGCUUAUUUUCUGUGACAAAAAAUCGAAGUGGGGGCAUCCUUGUCCUAUGGACACAUUUCUAGUUGCUUUCUGUGAUAAAAGGUACUUUUUUGUUCAUUGCUAUUUCCAUAUGUAUGGCAGUGGUCGAACAUAAGUAUGCAAGCCCUGCAUUGGUAAUAUGUCUUCCGGGCUUGCUAAAAUUUUGAAUUUUAUAUAGCAGGGCUUGUUAAAAAAUUUGUAUAGUAUAAGGUAACAGUAUAAGAAUUCGGGCUUUUUUCAUCCAAAAGUCUAAUGUUGAUGACUGGUAUGGUAAUAUCUUUGAUGUGAGCAAAACAGCGUGAUUGUUUUCAUUUUGAUCGGUGUGUCUUUAAAUUGAGCAAAAUAAUGUGAUUGUUGAUAACUACUUUAAUAUUCGUGGUUAAAUAUGUAAAAGUGAGCACAAAAAAUAAUGUGCUUGUUCACUGGUAAGUGCAAUGUUUUUAUAAGAGUAUUAAUUCUCACGUUUUAUAUUGUUUUGAUAUUUUAUUUCUAAUGUCAAUGAUUGUUGAUCUGUACUUUGUAUAGAACUCAGUAAUUGUCAUGUUACAAGAUACAAUUAAUUGAUUUUUUUGUCAUAUUUAUUUGCUAUACAAUACAAUAAACGAUAUCCAUACAUU